AUAGUUCCCAAUUGGUUUUGCUUUGCUUUUGAUUCUCUGAAACGAUAAUGAGAGCAACCGUCAGGAAAGGAUUCACUUCUCACAGAGAUAGAAGUACCCAACCUUGCAAGGAAGGGAGAGCGAAGAGGAAACGAUGUUUCUCCGGAGAGGAGGUUACGAUUCUUCAGAAGAAGGCCAAGACGACGCUUGAUACUCCCAGCAACUCUGAUUUUUUCGAUGGUUUGCCGGAUGAUCUUAUCGCUUGUAUCCUCUGCAAACUUGGUUCCACCGCUGCUUGUCCCUCUGAUUUCAUCAACGUUCUCUUAACAUGCAAGAGACUGAACGGUUUGGCUCUUCAUCCUCUAGUGUUAUCGAAAGCCUCACCCAAAGCUUUUGCAAUAAAGACGGAGAACUGGUCGGAAUCCGCUCAUCGCUUCUUGAAACAAUGCGCUGAUGCAGGGAACGUCGAAGCAUGUUAUACUCUUGGCAUGAUCCGAUUUUACUGUCUACAGAGCAGAGGGAGCGGAGCUGCACUAAUGGCGAAAGCAGCAAUAAACUCUCACGCAUCUGCGCUUUACUCGCUCGCAGUGAUUCAGUUCAACGGAAGUGGUGGUUCAAAGAACGAUAAGGACUUAAGGGCAGGGGUAGCUCUCUGCGCCAGAGCCGCCUUCCUCGGCCAUAUCGAUGCUCUAAGGGAGCUCGGCCACUGCCUCCAGGAUGGUUACGGCGUCCGGCAAAACAUCUCCGAAGGACGCCGAUUCCUCGUCCAGGCAAACGCCCGUGAACUCGCUUCUGUACUCUGCUCCUCCACAUCAUCUUCCGCCACUUCGCGGCCGUGGCUAACGUGGCAACCUCACCACCAUCGGCUCGUGAUGGGGGGUGGUAGUCCCACGGGGUGUCCGUUGUUGAGCGAUUUCGGAUGCAACGUGCCGGCACCGAAGUCGCACCCUGCGAAUCGGUUUCUGGCUGAGUGGUUCAGUCUGCGAGGCGAUGUGCCUGGGAAUGGGCUGAGGCUCUGCUCUCACUCCGGGUGUGGCCGGCCCGAGACGAGGCGACACGAGUUUCGUCGUUGUUCCGUUUGUGGAGCCGUCAACUACUGCUCUCGCGCGUGUCAGGCGCUCGAUUGGAAGUUACGCCACAAGGUAGAGUGCGGCCCGAUGGAGCAAUGGCUCGCUGUUGAUGCCGACGGUGACGGUGUCGGCGUCGGAGUCGGAGGGGGAGACGACGACCAAGCCGUUGUUGAGAGUUAAGGGGU